AAAUAUAANGAACGCAGAAAUAAAUCAGAUGAUGAAAUUAAAAUUAUAAAUAUAAGCGAAAAACAAAUUAUAGCAGAAGAAUUUAUAUAUACACAGUUUAAUCAUGAUGAAAACUCAAAUAACGAUCAUGAUAUUAAACGCAAUGAUAUGGAACACAUAAAUAAAUCAGAUGAUGAAGUGAAACAUUUAAAUAUAAGUAAAAUACAAAUCAUUUUAGAAGAAAUUCUAUAUAAACUGUCUGAUUAUCAUAAAAACUCAAUCAACGAUUAUGGUAGUAUACACAAUGAUAUGGAACCCAUAAAUAAAUCAUAUAAUGGAGUUGAACAUUUAAAUAUAACUGAUACCCAAAUCAUUGCAGAAGAAAUCACACAUACGCAGUCUGAUCAUCAUGAAAAUUCAAACAACGAUUAUGUUAGUAAGCGCAAUGAUGUAGAAAAUCACAGUUAUAAGUCAGAUGAAGAUGUUAAACAUUCAAAUAUCAUUGAAAACUCAAUCAACGAUAAUGAUGGCAAACAUGAUGAUGUUAAUAUCUCAUCAAGUAAAUUUUUCGGAAAAGGUUAUCGGUAUAUAGGUCUAAACGUGUUUUUUAGACUUAAAAUUAGGUAAGUAAAUAUAUUUUAGUUGUUUUAGUUUUAAGAUUUUUAAUUAAAUUAGUUUUAUUAUUACUAUUCUUUUUUCAUGGAUAUAAAGGGAAGAUAAUUAUGACCAUUUUAAAAUUUGUUCUACUCAGUUUCUAUUUCUGUUUGAAAAGUAUAUUAAUAACAAUAAUAUUAUGGACAUUUAAAUACAUUGCCAGAGAAGAUUAAAAAUUAUAUUUUAGUGCAUUAUAAAUAUAAUGGGAAAUGAAC